AUGGCGGAUACAGAGUUGGAAGCGUUGCGUGCUAAACGUCUAGCAGAACUCCAGCAGCAAUAUGCAGGAAAUCAAGGAUCUCGACAGAACGAAGAAGAAGAGAGAAAAAUUAAAGAAGAAGAAUUCAGAAAUCACGUUCUAACUCAAGUCUUAACUCAAGAAGCCAGAGCAAGAUGUAAGCAGUUCUUCUAUGGAAAUCAAGGAUCUCGACAGAACGAAGAAGAAGAGAGAAAAAUUAAAGAAGAAGAAUUCAGAAAUCACGUUCUAACUCAAGUCUUAACUCAAGAAGCCAGAGCAAGAUGUAAGCAGUUCUUCUAUGUAAAAUUAAUUAAGCAUUUUAGUGACUUUAAUACAGAAUAG